GAAGGCAGCACAAGUUAAAGUUCAAGGAUCACGUGACGAAGAAGGUAAGGAACCGUUCACAGUGCCUGCGGCUGUCUUUCAUUCAAGGCACAGGAGGACGAUAUCAACGAUGUGCACCAGCGUUCAGGCCACCGAUUGGACCACAGACCUCAAAAACCAGAAUUUUGAUGGCGUCGUCUUGGUGGCUGAAGGCCACGACUCGCUGCCUGUGGCGCUCGAGCAUCUGAGGUCUCCUCUGCAGGACUACAGCGCUGUGGACAGCGGACUGAGGGAGGAGGUGGUGGUCCUCAGGGCUCCUGGUCUCCCUGGAAACCGUCUGGUCUUUGCCUCCACCGGUCCUGUGAAUCGUGACUACGAUGACGUGAGGCGUUUUAGUGAUGCAGCUGUCAACGGCAUCAAACGUGCAUUGAAAGCAGGCAUGCAGCGCCCCCUGCUGGUGUGUCCUCCACACAAGGACUAUAAGAACAGCACUCUGGUUGCUGCUCUCGGGGCCCUUCACGCUCUCUACAUGCCACUUGAAGUGCGAGAGGCGAACAUAAAGUCCUCCAACUAUAAGGUGUGUGUUCUGGGGCUGUGGGCGGCUCAGGAGGCAGAGGGGAAGCGGCUGGUGGAGCUGGCCAGUUCUCUGGAGAGUGGAAGACUGGCUUACCGUGACAUCGGUGGCUCAGAUCCGGAGCGCAUGGCUGCCCCUCGUGCUGCUGAAUACGUCCAGGAACUGUUCAAGAACAGUCCAGUGAAGGUGGACGUGGUCAGUGACCUGAAGACUCUGGAGAAAGAGUACCCAUGUCUGGCUGCAGUUAACCGCUGUGCUAACACUGUACCUCGUCAUCAGGCCAGAGUCGUCAAGCUGCAGUACUGCGGAGAAGGACCGAUCCAGAAGACCCUCAUGUUGGUAGGAAAGGGCAUCACCUACGACACCGGAGGAGCAGACAUCAAGGCUGGUGGCAUCAUGGCCGGGAUGCACAGAGACAAGUGUGGAGCUGCUGCCGUUGCUGGGUUCUUCCAGAUUUUAGCCCAUCUGAAGCCUAAACAUCUGAAGGUUGUCGGUGCAAUGGCCAUGGUGAGGAACAGUGUGGGUGCAGACUGCUACGUGGCGGACGAGCUGGUGGUCUCCCGCGCGGGCCGGAGAGUCAGGGUGGGAAACACCGACGCGGAGGGGCGUAUGGUGAUGGUCGAUCUGCUCUGUGAGAUGAAGGAGAAGGCGGUGAGUGAGAUUUCUCCUCAGCUGUUCACUGUCGCCACUCUGACCGGUCACGCCAUCAGAGCAAUGGGGCCAAACUACUCAAUCAUCAUGGACAACGGCCCAGCUCAUCGCAGCGGGAACGCUACUCAGUGGCAGAAAGCUGGAGAGGAGUUGGGAGACUUGUUUGAAAUUUCCACCAUCAGACGGGAAGACUAUGAGUUCCAUAAGGGAAAGUCUGAGUAUGAGGACAUCCUGCAGUGCAACAACCUGCCGUCCUCGGCCACACCUCGAGGACAUCAGACCCCUGCAGCCUUCCUCAUCAUGGCCUCGGGCCUGGACAAGCAUGGUGUGGAUUCUGGUGCACCUCUGCCAUAUUCCCAUAUUGACAUUGCUGGGUCCAGCGGUCCUUUUCCCGGUGUUCCAACUGGAGCCCCCAUCCUCGCCAUGGCAACCAACUACAUCCUUGCAGAUAGUCUUUAAGGAACAAGUUUAAAAAGACUAAAACUGCUUUUGUAGUCACCCAAAUAUAAAUGAAAUACUUUUCA